AAAAAAAAAAAAGUAUUAGGGGACGCGAGUGUUGUUUAGCAAUUUAACUAAUUUAAGAAAAUAAAAUAGAUUUCAUGUUGUAUUAGUAAAAUGGCGCGUAAUAAAUCGCCAUCGGCUGCUUCAGAAAAAGAUAAAAAGAAGCCAAAAGAUAAGAAAAAGAAGGAUGAGUCAGGAUCUAGCAGCAGCGACAGCAGUGGAAGUUCAUCAGACAGCAGUUCAUCGCGAUCUUCGUCUCGCUCAUCGUCAAGCAGCUCGGGCAGUUCCUCGCGUUCAUCUUCAUCGUCCAGCUCGUCAAGCAGCAGUAGCAGCAACAACCGUUCUAGGCCAAAGAAGAAGUAUGAUAUCCCCACAAGGACCCAACUGACUUCACCUUCCCACAAGAGUCCAGCGAAGGAUAGGCGCGAAGCCGACAGGGAAAAGAUUAGAGAUAGGUCCCCUUUAGGAGACAAAAAGAAGACUCCUUCCAUUAAUGACAAAGCUAAAAGCAAGGAAAAACAUGAUAGAUCUCCUGGCAGAAAGAAGCGUGAACGUUCACCGCCACCUCGUCCAACACGCAUCCAUAUUGGACGUCUCACAUUAAAUGUCAAUAAAGACCACAUUCAGGAAAUAUUCUCCACAUAUGGUACCGUGAAAAUGGUAGAAUUUCCUAUGGACCGUCUCCAUCCACACAAUGGACGUGGAUAUGCCUAUGUGGAGUUCACCAACCCAGAUGAAGCAGAGAAUGCUAUGAAGCAUAUGGAUGGAGGUCAGAUCGACGGGCAGGAGAUCACGGCGGCACCGGUGCUAGUGCCUUCGCGACCGCGUCGCCCAUCACCGCGCCCGCUGCCCCCGCGACAUGGUCCGCCCCGCCGACACUCGCCGCCUCGGUUUCUGCACUUCAACAGGUACCGGCGCCGCAGCCCGCCGCCCCGGCGUCGCUCGCCGCCGCGCCGGCGCCGUACGCGCUCGCGCUCCCCACGUCCCGCGCCGCGCCGCCGACGCUCCAGGUCCUCCUCCUCUUCCUCCCGAUAAACCACCAAAAAAAGCUUACCCCCCACCACACAUACCCUACACCCUCACAUACACAAAAUACCAAACAUAACAGUAGUAUUAUUAUGAGUAGAAUAUUCGUCAGAGUUCUUACUCAGUGAAUAUUUGAGUUGUGGAAUAAUAAUUUAAAAAUUCUAAAAUAUUUAAUGUAUUUGGAUUGGACUUAUUAGAACGAAGUUUAUUAGUUGCUCGUAACAGGAAUAUCGAUCUCGUAAUACUACUACAUGAGAUAAAAUGGCUGGUAUCUGUUAGUGGAACUGCUCUGAUCAGUCUAAAUAUUUUACCUUACUGGUUGAUACCAUGCCAUGAAAAUUACACACAUGCUUACCACACAUUCCAGAAAGUAACAGAGGUAAGUAUGAACCUAUUUUUCAUGCUAUUUCUAAUCUUUGUAAUUUUGGGAAGGUGAAUUGUGUUUUUGGUAAGUAUAAUCAAAUUGCACAUAAGAACGGAAAUAUGUUUAUCUUUAUGUAGUUUCUACAAUGUUUAACAAGAUGCUUCUUGUUACAAAAGCUUGCAAAAUGGAAACUGACUGUGAGUGAUCAGUGAGCAAAAAACUAAAAUCGAAGUGCAGUGCUGAUGUAAUUACUAUAAUAUUCCAAAUGUAAAGGACACUUGACUUUGUUAAUAAACAGUAAAAAUAACAA